UGGUAUCUGCUUAAAACAGGAAAAGAAAAAUGAACAACUAAAACAACCCUGAAGUCCAGCAGUUGCACAGAUGCCGAGGACAAUCGUAGCAGUAGGAUAAUUAACAGGAUGGAAGUUGGUCGAUAUCAUCUUUGUUCUCUGCUUCUCCUGGGGGUCUUUUCAGGUUGUAUUUAUGGAAACCUAACUAUUUAUACCACUAACGUAAUUCCAGCAAGAGAGCAAGUCGAUAGCACCGAUCAAAAUCCUGGAAAAACAAAAGACCGCGUUCUAACUACUCAGACUGUGGCAGCGGAGAAUAACAUUCAGAAUUCCAAGUCUUUGAUGGAACAUCUUUCCCAGGUUCCCAUAAUUGUGAAACCUGUAGAUACCUCUCAAAUAAUUUUUGAAGGGAGAUCUGCCACUCUGGAGUGUAGAUUUAAGGCCCCAAGCGAGGCAAAGGUCUCCUGGAGAAAAUCUUGCUUCCCAAAUUGUAGCAGCAGCUUGGAGGUCCACAGUUCCAACCACCACAAGAUCUCUGUAGACACCGCUUACGGCUUGUCAACACUCUCCUUCCCUCAGACCCAAAAGAAUGAUACUGGGAUGUACUACUGCUUUGUAUAUGCUGGCAGCAGUCAGGGGAAAUCAUGUGGAACAUACCUAUGGGUCAGAAGACCUCGCCCCAUCUCCUUCCUGAAUAUGAGUGAAUCCAUAAAAAACAAGAUUAUCACAGUAGAGGGAUUCCUUCUACUUAUCUGUGCCAUUGGUCCUGGUCUUUUUCUACUGUUCAAGAGAUGGGAAAAUGAGCGCCUCUUGAAGGCCAAGAAGAAAGCUUGUGAAGAAGAGAACCUGUAUGAGGGACUGAACCUGGAUGACUGCUCAAUGUAUGAGGACAUCUCCAAGGGUUUACAAGCUACCUACCAAGAUAUAGGCAACGUCAAAGUGAUUGAUUUACAGCUAGAGAAACCAGAGAAACCAUGAUUUAAAAAAAGCUUGUCAUUUUCUAAAGUUUAUUGAACAUUUUAUUUUAAAAUGCUUUCUUGAUUUCUCUUGCUGAUGUGUAUAUAUGUAAUGGUGAAGGGAUUUUGUAUCUUUCUGGUUUUAGAGAAUAAUUUGUAUUAUUAGAGUUUUAAUCUUCAGUAGGGAAGUGAGCUCUGCAUUGUCAAAAACUGGCUUGAAUAGAAUACUGUAAAUGAAAUAAGCAAAAAGAUAUCCUUUGGUGUUCCAAACAAAAUAUUCUGAUAAUAUAUUCAUCUGCUAUUUCAUAAUUCGCUUUCUGAUUCCUGAUUACCAAUAUUUUAAAGCAUCUCUCUGAGAUUCUGAAACAUAAGCAAAUGGUUAAAUAUUACCUAGGGUGACAUUUACAAUUGAUUCAUUCCUUGUGCUUGCUUUCAACUUCUCAGUUUGUGUGAAAAGAAGCAUGUCUAUAAACCAUAUUUGUAUUCAUUGCAAAUUAGUAUUUUCUCUUCUAGAUUGAACAUUUGAAAGAUUAUCUCAUAUUUGUAGAAAAACCUUGCUGUGGAUGGUGCUAAUUGUGUAGUGGGUAUGUUCUCUCUAAGGAAACAAAGAAAAAUGUCAUCACACAUCCCAACGUCUAGAGUAGCUGCAUAUAACCCUUUUUAAAUAUAAGCCUGGUAAAAUAAACAAAUGUCUCAUUUUCCCUGCAAGAACAUGAAUGGAUAAAGGUAUUUGUGGUGCUUUAUAUGAAGAAAUAAGAUGUAAGAAGAGGUCUAGGAAGUCCAGCAACAGGUCUAUAUUCUCCUUGGUAGAACAUUGACUCCUGUAACAUCUGCAAAUUUUUUUUAAAAAGGAACAGGCUGGAAUGACACGGAUGAAUAAGCCAUUGCAAUGUUUCUCCUCACUGUUUAUUUGCCAUUUUAAUGCUUUCCCAUUCUUUAGGGGGAAAUAUAGCUUUAUUUCUACUGCAGACUUGUGAAUAAAGCCUUUUCCUCAUUUUCUUCACAGAGCAAACAGCAGCAAAAACAAGUGAUGAGAUUUGUGGUGGUGGGAUAAAUUUCAAAGACCAUGGGUUUUGGCUUUAGUGGGUGCCAACAACUUUCAUGGGAUAAGUCUUCAGCACUUGGCAACAUUUUUAAUUCAAGCCCUGUUGUAUUCCUAGGGUGAUAUAACCAUAACUUGAUUGUCCCUUUUUCUGAUUGUGAAUUAGGAUUUUAAUAAACUAAACUUUAUUUUA